GAUAAAUUCCUCAAACCUUUCCUAGACAGUAGACACAGUGUACUCGGAGCUGAAUUUCUCUGCUAAUUUCUUGAACAGCCAUGAAUACGGAGGGAGAUGCUAAAUAUUUGAAGAGAAAAGUGAAAGCUGGAAGUAUAGAUGUCCACCCUACAGAGAAAGCUCUGGUGGUGAACUACGAGCUUGAGGCGACUAUCCUUGGGGAGCUGGGGGACGCUAUGCUCGGAGACAGAAAGGAGUGCCAGAAAAUUAUCAGGUUGAAGUCGUUGAACUCUGGGACUGAUAUCUCCAGUUUAGCAAAUGAAGUGAUCUCUAAAUGUAAGCUGAUUCAUCCUUCUAAACUACCAGAAGUAGAACAACUGCUCUACUAUCUACAGAACAGGUUGAAGUCGUUGAACUCUGGGACUGAUAUCUCCAGUUUAGCAAAUGAAGUGAUCUCUAAAUUCCCCCUACUCACAUGCAGGAAGCCGCCCUUUGGAAUUUUUCUUCCUCUCUCCCCUCUUAAAAGUUGCGCCCCUGAUCAUAGCUUUUUAUUUAGAUAUUCUCUUAUAGAGGCCGCUACAGAUCAUAGCUUUUUAUUUAGAUAUUCUCCUAUAGAGGCCGCUACAGAUCAUAGCUUUUUAUUUAGAUAUUCUCCUAUAGAGGCCGCUACAGAUCCGGAACAAAUUGCUAAUAUUAAUGAUUUAGAUGAAUAUAUUGAGCUCUUAUAUGAGGAUAUCCCGUCUAAAGUUAAAGGAGCAAACCUUAUCUUACAACUCUCAAGGAACCCUGAUAACCUGGAGGAAUUGUCUGAGAACGAAACCUUGUUGGGAGCACUCUCUAGGGUUCUAAGAGAGGAGUGGAAGACGAGCAUAGAUCUAACGACAAAUAUAAUUUAUACCUUCUUCUGCUUUUCAACAUUUUCACAAUUCCAUCCAAUCAUCAUGCAUAAUAAGGUAGGAAGCCAGGUACUGGAUAUUCUCCAGUUCGAGGUUACCCGGUAUACCCAGUACUCUACAGAGCUCUACAAGAAGACCAGAGCUCUAGAGAUGAAAUCCUCCAAAACUUCUGCAGAUCUGGACCAGGAGAAGGAGGAGUUCGAAAUAUUGGAGAGAAAGUUUCAAAACUUUGUUCUAAAGCAGGAACAGACUCUUAGAGUAUCUAUCUAUCUUCUUCUCAACCUUUCAGAAGAUAUAAAGGUUGAAGAGAAGAUGAAACGGCGCGGAGUAACAAAUCUUCUGGUUCAGCUCCUGAACAGAACUAAUGAAGAAUUACUUAUUCUUGUGAUUUCUUUCUUAAAGAAAUUAUCUCUCUAUGCGGAAAACAAGGACGCUAUGCUGGCCUCUUCUGUAAUUGAGAAGCUAAACCCUCUUCUCUCCUCCCAGAAUUCUGAUCUAAUCAAUGCUGCAGUUCGUCUUCUCCUGAACCUGUCCUUUGAUACUUCAGCUCGGGUUCAGAUGGUGAAAUCAGGACUAGUUCCUAGAUUAGUCUCACUACUGGAGGAUACAGGAAACCAGAAUCCUGUAUCAUGUGUCCUUUACCAUUUAUCCAUGGAUGAUAAGGUUAAAUCAAUGUUUACGUAUACAGAUGCUAUUCCAAGUUUGAUGAAGAUAAUUCUUCAAGCUCCGGAAGAUCAGGUAGAUCUGGAGAUUAUGGCUUUAGCUAUAAAUCUUGCAGCUAACAAGAGAAACGCUCAACUUAUCUGUGAAUCUAACGGUCUUAGGCUCCUGAUGCAACGUGCAUUCUCCUAUCAGGAUCCCUUGAUAAUCAAGAUGAUCAGGAAUAUUUCACAACACGACGGAGUUACCAAGAAUCUUUUCAUCGAGUUUAUAGGGAAUCUGACCUUGCCGGAUCUGGAUUUUACCAGGAUACUGAAGGAGUUUGAGAUGAUUGAUUGGAUGAAAAGUCGUCUAGUUCCAAACAUUGGAGAAGACGAUCUUCUUUUAGAAAUUGUCGUCUUUGUUGGAACAUGUGCUAGUGAUGAGUCCGCAGCAAUAUUUCUUUGUAAAUGCGAGGUUUUACCAGCUCUCAUAGAGCUGCUUAAAGCAAAGCAGGAGGAUGACGAGAUAGUACUCCAGGUUAUUUAUGUUUUCCACCAGCUGUGCAGUCAUAAAGACAGUAGAAAAUACGUUCUAGAGGAAACAGAGGGUAUCCCCUACCUACUAGACCUACUGCAUGAUAGGAAUCCAGAAGUUCAGAAAAUGUGUGACCAGACCCUUCAAAUGAUUGGCGAGGUGAGUCCUGAAUGGUCUGAAAGACUACUUGGAGAAAAGUUUAGGUUUCAUAAUGCCCAGUGGAUAGAGAUGGUUCAAUCCCAACAACUGGCAGAUAUUGCCAGUAUGUGUCAGGAUGAAGAUGAAGGAUUGCUAGGAGAGGAGGAUAUCCUGGAUAUAGAUAGAGCUGAGCUCCUGCUAGGCCAGGAUCUCGGGAUGGAUACUCUCAGUGAUGAUGAUGAUGAGGAGGAUGAUGGUGAUGAGGAUGAAGAAGGAUCUAAUACAACAGUUCGAUCUAGUAGACCCAUGUCGGCCUACAGAGGGGGUAGAUAAAUAGAUAAUUAUUAACAUAAAACCUACAAUGUCAUAUUUGUUAAAUAAACUAAAAUUAAAUUA